GCAUGCGACGUGUGAGGGCUCACUCUGCAGGAACGUGACGGUAUUGGCUCCGAAACCGAAUAUUGGAAGCAGAGAAUCAACAGCUGGGGAACCUAAAUCAAAUGUAAAAUCUCGAUCUGACAGAGUCACUUAAUUCAUCAGGAUCUGAUUAUCAUCAAUUGUUUCAUUUGUGAGGAAAAGAUUUGAUACUUCCAACUGUGGACAAAGAUUUCAGCUGCAAGUAAGAAGAAUUAAUUGGCAAAAUGCCAACAUCUGUAGAGUGUGAAUUAGAAUCAAAACUGAACAAUGAUCUGCCUUUAAAGAAGAAUUACUGCUGACAUAGUAAUGCUACAUAUUUUCCUGCUGUUGCAUAAGACAAUGCCUUUCAAGGAUUAACUCAACCUUUGUUUCACAGGGUGUUACAAACGGAGCAUCUGCAAUAAGGAAACUGAAACCAAUCAUUAUAUCAGGAUUGGAUAGAUAUGCCCCAUUUGCCACAACCUGAAUCGCAACGGACUUUGAACAUGGAAGGAAAAAACACCUUUCACAGUGGAGAGAAACGAUGGAAAUGUGGAGAUUGUGGAGAAAGGUUCCGCUACUUGUCAGUGCUGGAAAUUCAUCGCCGUAGUCACACUGGGGAGAGACCAUUCACCUGCACAGAGUGUGGGAAAGGAUUCACGCGGUCAUCCAUCUUACUGAAACACCAGCGAGUUCACACUGGGGAGAGACCUUUUAAAUGCCCAGUUUGUGGAAUGUGCUAUAAAAGUUCCAGCAAUUUAAUGGCCCAUUUACGUGUCCACAGUGAUGAAAGACCUUUCCAAUGCCCAGACUGUGGGAAGUGCUAUAAAGGUUCUGGGGAUCUGAUGCGCCAUCAACAUAUUCACACUGAGGAGAGGCCUUUUAAGUGCCCAAAUUGUGGGAAGUGCUAUAAAAGUCCCAGGGCACUAAUGAACCAUCAACAAGUUCACACAGAGGAGAGACCUUUUGAAUGCUUAGACUGUGGGAAAUGUUUUAAAACAUCCAGCAAUCUGAUCUCCCAUCGGCGUGUUCACACUGAUGAGAGACCUUUCAAAUGCGCCGACUGUGGGAAAUGCUUUAAAAGUUCGAGAGAUUUGAUGAACCAUCAACGUGUUCACUCUGAUGAUAAACCUUUUAAAUGUUCAGACUGUGGAAAUUGCUUUAAAAGUUCUGGGGAACUGAUGUCCCAUCAACGUGUUCACACUGAUGAGAAACCUUUCAAAUGUUUGGAUUGUGGGAAGUGCUACAAAAGUUCUGGAGAACUGACUUCGCAUCAACGUGUUCAUACUGAGGAGAGAUGGUUCACAUGUUCCCAGUGUGGGACUAGAUUCAGACGAUCGUUUGAUCUCACGGAACACCGGCGAAUUCACACUGGGGAGAAGCCGUUCACCUGCUCCGUGUGUGGGAAGGAAUUUACUCGGUCCUGUCGCCUUGUGGCACACCAGCGAGUUCACACUGAGGAGAGACCGUUCAGAUGCUCUCACUGUGGAUCUGGAUUCAGGCAAUCAUCUCAUCUCACUGCACACCAGCGAGUCCACACUGGAGAAAGGCCAUUUGCCUGCACAGAGUGUGGGAAGAGAUUCACUCGGACUUGUAACCUGCUGAGACACCAGCGAGUUCACAAGUGAUGUCAGGAGUUGGAUUUUUCUGUUAAUUACUUCCAGGACUGAACCUUGUUCGUUGCUUUCCUUUCUCCUGAUGUUAACAAAUUCAAACAUAAUUUUUGGUGUUACCAUCCUGAAUGAAAGGCAACUAAAUCAGCUUUGUGUUAAACACAUAAUGUGUUUAGACUUGUUAAUAUCUCUGAUACAGUACAAUUACCUUUAUAGAACUUUCUCUUUCCCUUGUCGCCUCUGGGUUCACCUUCAACUCAUGUGAGUCGUGCUCUGGAAAUGAGCUUUCAGUUCAGAUGGGGAGCUGUACAGUUGCAAGAAACCUUGAUUAUGUUUAAACAAAAUUUCUGCAGUUGAAUAUAUAUUGCAUAAGUUACUUGAGUGGAAAAUACUAAGUAGAAACUGUGUACUGCAGAAAGCAUGGAGUGAAUGUUCUAGCAAAAGGUGGGUCUGAGCAUUAAAAUGACAAGCACCCCAUUGCUUGAGUAAGAUGAUUGGAGGAAAUGAGUGAGCGGGAGUGGAAAUAAAAUUAUGAGAAGGUGAGCCCUACAGAAAUCAGAAGGAAAGUGAUGGAGAUUGGCCACUCACAAAACUUUUGA